AUGAACUCAGUUGGCAGUAUUAGAAGUAAGCUGAGUAAUAAUGAGGAUUUGGCAGUACCUUACGAAGUUAUCAACAAAAUUCUAAACUUGAUUUGUAAGAUCCAGCUUAAAAACUUUGUUGUAAGAGAUUAUAAGGAAUAUGAAUGGGAAAUUAAAACUGAAUUGAUAGAUUUUUUAAUAUCAAAGACUAAAUAUAAUGAAGAUGAUGUCAGUGAAUUGAUCAGGAGGUUCAAAUCAAUUAGAUUUUUAAACCCAAAAAACACAAUUUCUAACCUUUUAAAGUUUAUGUUUGGGUCUAAUAAAUAUGAAUAUCAUGAUUUUACUGAUAAAAAUAACCCAGACUAUGGUAAUAUUGGUUUGGAUAAGAAGCAGUAUGAAAUAAAGCUAGAUAAAAAUAAUAAAAAAAGAAUGCUGUGUAAUCAUGUGAGCUUAAUAUAUGAGCAAUUGGUAGAGUUGAUGAGUAAAAUUGAAAGAAGUAAGCCUAGUUAUAGGGAAGAAUACUUCAUGAAACACUGUUUAACAAACUAUGAUGAGGUUUUAAAAAAGGAGAUAUUUGAUAUUCAUGAGGUGAAUAAAGUUAAUUUAGUGUGUGAUAGGAGAGAAUUAAUUGAAUUUCUGUAUAAAUACUGUUUUCGAAGUGGUUAUAAGCUUAGUGAAGUAAUUAUGAUACCUUUAUAUGAUGUAAGUACUAAGAAUGAGGCUUUUGUUAACUUUAAUUACCCAACUAUGUUAAGUAUCUUGUACGUUAGUAACAUUGAAAAUGUUUGUAAAAAUAAGAAAAAUAUAGAAAAUAAAGACUUAGAACACUCAGAAGGAUGCAAAUUAAUGUUUAGUUUACUGAAUGUGGGUAAGUAUAGUAUGAUACAAGAUGGUAAAUUUGAGAGUAUAAUCCCAAUUACUCCAAUUUUAAGCAUUAGAAGAAUAACAAUAUACACGGCCACAUUUAAGAAAAAGAUAGAAAAUAGGAAUAAUCCUGAUGAUGAAGUAUUUGAGGAAACAAAAGAUAGUAUAUUUAAGUGUAAAUAUAGCUUUAUUAAGAAAAUGAGUAUAACUGAGAAAUUUGAUCUUAAACAUCAGAAUCAGCUGGAAGAAUGGGAUGAAGUUGAAGAUAAUGCAGAUAUAACAAUAUUAUGUAUACAAUUAAGGGGUGAUAGGGGAAUAGAAUAUACAAUACAUUCACCGUUCCUUGAUGAGAAAGAACUUACAGAGUUGAUUAAACCUGUUUUUAAUAACAUUUGUAAUGAACACCCAAAGGUUAAGGAUCAAGAAAACUUUAAAGAGUUUCUUAAAAGGUGUUAUAUGCACAUGGGUUCCAACUUUAUCUUCAUUAACUAA